UGAAGGGCGGAGAAAUAUCAUCGUCGGGAUGGGAUCCAGUAUCUCCUUCCCUCGGGUGUCCAUUCCAACAGAUAAUAUUUUCGUUGUUACAGGAGGAAAUACAGGUAUAGGCUAUCAUACUGCUAAAUGGCUAGCCAUGAUGGGAGGUACCGUUAUCAUUGCGUGUAGAUCGGAGGAGAGGGCUAAAAAGGCUAUACAACAAAUGAACCAGGAAUUCGCAGAGGAAAAACGAAAGAAGACAACUGGAGUCGUUGACUAUGAUCAACUGAAUCUUGAAUUCAUGCAUCUAGAUUGCAGUUCACUAAAAUCAGUGGUGAAUUUCGUUCAGGCGUACAAAUCGUCGGGCAGGAAGCUACAUAAGUUGAUAUGUAACGCUGGUAUUGGCUUUCAGGACAAGUUAUCUCACACAGAAGAUGGUCAUGAGCAGAUUUUUCAGGUGAAUUACCUAAGUCAGUUCCUGUUGGUGUCUCUUCUGCUGCCGGUAAUGAAAGCAUCCGGUACUGACUGCAGAAUAGUACUGGUUUCUAGCAUAGCCCAUGAACAUGCUCGCUUUGAUCCUAAUGACAUUGAAGGAAAGAAGUAUUCGGAACCAAAGUAUGACGCCACGGCAUUAUACUGCAGAUCGAAACUUUACCAGGUAAUGCAGAUGUACCGGUUGAAUCAGGCCAUCAAAGACACUGAUGUAACUGCCUUAUCCCUACAUCCAGGCAUCGUCCGAACGCCCCUCCUUGCUACUUUCAGAAGGGGAUCCACAAGGGUUUUAAUGGCCUGCUUAGAUUGUAUUGGCACGUCCAAGAGUCCGUUUGAAGGAGCAUGGACCUCACUUAAUGCGGCUAUUAAUCCGGAGCUGGCUGGAGUACGAGAUGUCUAUUUCUCCGAGUGCAGACCAAAAGAACCGAUAACAGCUGCCAAAAACAAAGCAUCCCAGGACGCUCUUUGGGAUCACACUCUGGAAUGUCUCAAAGACUAUCUCCCAGAGGACAUUCUUAGAGAACUAAAAUAAUAUCUCUUAAAGGAGAAAACCUGAAGGACGAUAUCAAUCAGAAGAAAAAGUCUGUCGUGAUCUGAAAAAAAGAAAAUGAGUUUGCUAGGUUUAGCAUUAUGACUACAUAAUAUAUAUCAUAAACGUAUGUUAUAAUCAGAGAUGCCGAUUGAAUUCAUUAUAACCUAGUGUCGUGAAAAAAAAUUUCGAGAACUACUCAUGCCAUGGGAUUCAUAUAUUCAAAUAUUAUGACUUUACUAGUUUAACACUGGUGCUAAUUGUUAACUUUAUCAUAAUGUCUUUUAUGUAUACAAUGUACAAUCAUUUUGUUCUAUUCAUGGACUGUUUAAAACUGACAAAAGAUCUGAGGUAAUGAUAUGCUAUUUAUAGUCUUUUUCAUAUUACAACAGCAACAGUAAACAUGCAGAUUAUAUAUCUAUAUAAAUGUAUAACACGACGAUCUGUACAUAUUAUAUUGUGUGAUUUCAUUAUAUAGAGUAAAUGUAAGUUAAAAAUACCUUUUAUUAAAAUUGACGUAUCUAUUUUGUUGAUACAUUAUUAAUUCUAUGGAACAGGAAAAAAUAACCUAAAUGAAUUUCACCAAUUUGCAUCUCUAGUAACGCUGUUUUAAAUCCAUUCCUCAGUAAACCGAAAUACAUGCCUUCGACUCUUGGCCAUUAUUACUUAAUUUACUUAAUUUGAUGGAAACUAUAGUGUACUGUUUACAUCAACAUAUUAUAUCAAUGAACGUAGAGAGGGUAAUUCUGGCGAAUUCAUCAAUAUGCUAUCUCAUUGUGCCCAUUUUUUGUAGUUCACAUGAAAUACAAAAAAGGAGCAUAUUAUGUGUAUUGAUAUGGUACUUCACAGACCAUCUCAGGAAUUAUCACGCCACACUUAGUUCAUAUGUAGUACAUACUUGUAACAAAUAAAUAAAAAAAAACCCAGAAAUAUAUGUUUU